CGCUCGUUGAUCUGGUCCCGCGGAAAUCUCUCUCUAACUUUUCUCUCUUGUUUUCUUCUUCUUCUCUCUCUCUGGGAAAACCCAACCUCUCUUUCUCUGAAAGAGCUUCAUCUCAGAACAUUGAUUUCUUCUGCUUCUUCCUUCUACGAAUCAUUCAUUGCCUAUAUAAAGGUUUAGAGACCGAGAGAGUCAGAGAGACUUCUUCUUGUUUCGGGGAAUGUUAGAAAUUUUGAGUUGACCUUAUCAUUUAUAUAGAGUAUGAAAUUUGAUCCGUCUCUUCUUCUUCUUCUUCUUCUUCUUCUUCUUCAUCUUCUUCUUCAAGUGGUCGGUCUCCUUCAUCAUCAUAAUAACAAUACCAUUUUGAGGAUAUCAACUUAGAGUCUCAACAUUUUGAAUGCAGUUUCAGAUAAAAACAACCCUUUUCUCAAACAAAGAUUACAGUUGCAGAAUAUCAUCAUCAACGUCAUCAGUAUGUCUGCUUUAAUAGCACGAACCGGGCGACAUAGGCAACGAUAUGAGAACGAUUUUCGCCUUGUAGCUGGGUGUAUUCCAUACAGAAUCAAGAAAGAUGGUGAGGAUGAGACGGUUGAUUGCGAGAGUAGGUUGGAACUUCUUAUGGUGUCAUCUCCUGAUCGAGAAGACCUUGUUUUCCCGAAGGGUGGAUGGGAGGAUGAUGAGACGAUAGGCGAAGCCGCAUGUCGUGAAGCCUUGGAGGAAGCUGGAGUUAAAGGAAUACUAGAUGAAAGCCCCUUGGGAAUGUGGGAAUUCAAAAGUAAGAGCAGACAGAAUAGCUGCAGUACGGAAGGAUCUUGCAGGGGUUACAUGUUUGCGUUGGAGGUGACUGAGGAACUUGAAACCUGGCCAGAGGAGGAUAACCAUGGCAGACGUUGGUUAAGUGUUGGGGAAUCAUUCAGACUCUGUCGAUAUGAGUGGAUGCGAAGAGCUCUAAACGUAUUUCUAACAGUGUUGUCAGAACUGGGAAAAUAUGAAAUGAAUGAAGAUGAAUUGACUGAACUUGGCGAUAAUAGUGAUGCGGUUUCUGUCGCGGAUGUUGUCAUGGGCGAUCAUCAAAUAAGGUCUCCAAGCUGUUUUCUAAAAUCUUCUGGGUCCCAGCAACUUGCCGGUGAGUCUUAUAAUUGCAUUGUCUUGGGAUGACAAUGAUGACAACCCAUCAUUUCAUCCGAGAAUUUGGCUUCUCCAUCGAUUACCUCGACCCAGCAGCAGAAUUAAUAGAUAAGCCCCUUUCUUCUUACGGUUCUACUAUGUUCGACAUGUGUUGUACCGGACGUUAUUUGUAGUCGAAAUUGUAGAAACUAAGUUGUGGGAGGUCACCUAUUUUGUUGCCUGUGUAGUUGAACUGGGUCUUGCUUGUAUUCACCUCAUAGUUCUGUAACUUUAAUCAAUUUAGACAGAAAAUAAAUAACAGAAUGAAUCAUUUCCGCCAA